CCGUCUUCCAAGGGCUUGGUGGAGAAAAAACUGUCUCGUCUCUCUCCCAUCUCCUAUCACCGCUACCCAAGAUAGUCACGGCGGUGUCUGUCUGUUUCUAGCAGCACCCGUUCAAGCUCGCUACCAGGCGGCCAACGGAGUGCCCUUACGACAGGGCGGCUCCAACACCAGCCACAGCUACGAUGGACAUGGACUACAUGGACCCUUUCCGCCGCCGCUAUGCCGGCCUGACCAUGCAACCCUUCACCGGCCACCAACAAGCCCAUCCGCAGGGCGCGCAGUAUCCGUACUGGAACCCGCUAAUGGCGUACUACCAACAGCAGCAUCGGGCGGCAGCGUUGAUGGGCCAGGGUAACAUGCAUCUCUCAAAGCCCGCGGAACCAAAACCGAGACUGGCGAAGGACGAGGUGGAACUGUUGGAACGCGAGUUCUCAAAGAACCAGAAGCCGAGUAGCAGCACCAAGCGGGAACUAGCCGAGCAGAUGGGGGUCGAGGUGCCGAGGAUAAAUAACUGGUUCCAAAACCGCCGAGCCAAGGAGAAGCAGAUCAAGAAGACGGCCGAGUUCGAGGCGCAGCAGGCGAGGGAACGAGCGGCUUCCGAGGCCGAGUCCACCGGAGAUCAGGAUCAAGAAUCUGCCGGCGAGUUCUACCGCGACGGCAACCGGGACGGGGACCAAUCCGGAACCUUGUCCACCGCCACAUUCGGACGGGAUGAUGACACGGCUCACAGCGAUUAUGUCCAGCUCAAGACCGAACCCAUCGAUCCGAUUGCGCUGUCUUCUGUACCUGCAGCUCCACCUUGCGAGAGCCCUGCCGGCUCCGACAGCGAUGACUUCGUCCACAUCAAAUAUGAACCCCCCGCCCAUCAAGCCCAGGGGAUGAUGAACCUGGCAAACCGGUCGGCCAUGGUCACUUCAUUCGAUGAGGCACAGGGACAACAUGGAUACCAACCAACCACAACUACCUUCCCUUUUCGGCUUACAGACACAGCCGCUGUUGACGGGAUAUCUCGCCCCGGUUUCGAUGCACUGGUCCCUCAAAACGAUAUGAUAAUCAGCGAUGGAGGUGCAUUCAGUCCGUUUGCUGACCAUGACUACUUUGCAACCCCCUCGGUCUCCCAGUUCCCUUCCGAAAUGGUAUCCUCAAGCGCGCCAAUUAAUGCAGACAACCCGCUCCUAAGACACCAGGUAUCAAUGGAGAGUCUCGCGCAAUCCGAAGUUGUGUCGCCGGCCGCGAUGUCCGCCUCAUCGCCGUCGAUGAUGUCGGACCUGCGAUUUAAAUCUCCGCCUCCCCCCGCCGAUAUAGCGGGCCGCAGGAAGAGCAGGCGGCCGGCACCGCUCGGCCUGUCAUCGCUGAGGGGCGGACCAGGACCCAAGACGGGUAUUGAAAUGCCGAGACGAGCGGACACGGUGAGCCCCAUGAGACGAGUUUCUUCAGCAACAGGUAGCCUCCGCGGCCGUGUUCAAAAGGCGUUCAUGGGACAAGGCGGUCCUCGGUCGCCCUUCCCCAUGGAUCGCAACAGAGAGGCGCUUCUUCAGAGCCUGCCAGAGGCGCAAGCUCCAACCAUGCCAUCGAUAAAUAAUACCAUGUCUCCGAUGAGUCCCGAGAGGAUCCUCAGCUCGGGAAUGGGGGAUUGCGCCGUGGGCCCGCAAGCUUCGGAUGAUGAACAAGGCUACCCAUUCGGUUCUUUGGGGGCCCUGGGCGGGGUUCCCCUUUACAACAACGCCGAGCCCACCGUCAAUUCGCCCCCGGGGACGCCGGGUUUGCACAUGGGUUUCCAGGAAGGCUACUUUCCGACUUCGGUCGAACCAUCGUGGAAUUAUGUUCCGCAGGACGAACCAUUGCCGACACCAAGUCUUUGUAGCCAUGGCGGAUCUGAACUCGAGUUCUCGAUGGCGCCCCAACUUCCGGGCUAUGUGGCAAGCCAACCGGUGACGCCCUCGUUCCCGCCCACAAUGGGUCCCGCGUAUGCUGGUUUCUUUGGCACGAGCGUCGGGCAAACCGAGUAUCACUUCCCGGAGUCGUACCCGACCGAGACCUCGGCCCGGUCAUCGCCCGUCGUGCCUCCGAGGUCAAAGCAGUUUCAGUUUGCCCAGAACGUCACUCCCCAGGACUUCAACACGGACAAGUCAUGAAUAUGUCUCCCAACCAA